UUUAAUCAUUGUAGACACCCUGCACUUACCGGCAAUGUUUACAUCAAUCAUCAACUCUGUUAUCAAUACACGUGUAUAGCGCAAGUUGACAUACAAAUGUUAUUUGUUGUGCUAAACAGCAGUUUUGUUUUUAUUUAUUAUUAGACAUUUUAUGUGAUAAAACCUAUAAAUUAAUGGCGUCUAAUAAGCUGGAAUAUGAUUCCACUUUGGGUGGCUCUGUCAGUUUGCCAACUCAUGUGCAAACUUUUCGUUACGCCGCCAAUGUUGUACAAGAAAUGCGCCAGCUCAUUGACGAGGUACGUAAUCCUGUUAGCCGUAAGUUGGUCUUCCAAACAUUGCCAAAACAUAUGCGUCGUCGUGCCAUGUCGCAUCAUCCGAAGCGUUUACCUCGUAAACAUCGUGCAGCACAUCGUUCCCAAAUGGCUAAAGCUGGCAAACCGCAGCAGACAAAGAGGCCAUCACGUAAACAUCGUCGACGACCCGGUAAUUUGCUGAGGGACUAUCUGAGACGACAACGCAAGAACACUUGGCUUGAAACACAUAUUUGGCAUGCCAAACGAUUUCAUAUGGUAGAUCGCUGGGGUUAUCGUUUACCACAGUCGAGUUGUGAUAAAACAUAUAGAGCGUGUUAUCGCGCUUCGGCGGAACAUUGUUUACUGCAGGAUAUGUCAUUUUAUGCAUGUAUAGAACUUAAAGGAAAGUUAACGAAUUUCCGUGAAGGUUUUGCCCGUUUGAGUAGCACCAAAUGUGGUCUUAGUAUAACUGCCAAAACAUAUAUUAGUGGGCGCAGAGAGGGUAGCAUAGACUUAUUCAGGGAUGGAAAAUAUCCAGAUUAUGCGCUGGGUCGUGUGACUUUUAUGUGGCAGCCAAUUAACGGGGAUGAGACACUUAAUGAAGAAGACAACAUACGUACAUUGUGGCUAUGGGUGCACCCAAGCGCGCACCCGGCGGUGUUGGAAGAGCUUAUAAAAGUAUUCGAAGUGACGUCAUUGAGUAGCAUUAAAGUGCCUAUAGAAACAGUGGAACCAGCGGAAAAUGGAAGUAAUAAGAAGCCAAAUGAAGGAAAAGCACAAAAACCAUUAAAACCAAAGGAAAAACGUUGUUUACAAUUUAUGACUAAAACUUUAGCUUUCGAACAUAUUAAACGUUAUAGUAAUGCCGAAACAGGCAUUGAACUUAACGACUUAAAAGACACCAUGAAUCGCUUUCGGCUCACAGGUAAUCUAGCGCAAAGUGUACUUGUACAUGCUUUGAAACCAAAGAAUUUCAAUGAAGAUAGUCCAACAACCUGGCUACAUAAAUUGAUAAAACAGAAUCCAGCUUUUAAAAGAGUGCAUGACAGUCAAACCGAGUUUUGGCGAAAUUGUAGUGAAUUAGGUUCACCUGGAGAAGUAAUCUCCAAUAUGAUACUAGCGUUAAACGUUGAAGAUCCACGUUUAAAUCGUCCUCAGAAACGCACUAAGGCAGUGCUAGCGCCAACACUAAAUGAAAAUAGUCAUGAAUUUCUUUUUGAUAUACCAGAAAAUUUACAACAAAGCAUUCUAUGGGACACCGAAGUGCGGGAUAGUCUUUGCAAGAGCAUGGUAAUAGCAAGCGCAUAUAGUAAGCUGCGAGCAAAGCAUGCAGCAGUGCCUGGUGCACGUUGCCAGUUCGAAGAAGAAAUGCAAGCAGUGCCGAUUAUGCUUAUACAACGACCAGGUUCACAGAAUCCACAAUAUAAACGAUUGGGUUACGGCUGUGGUUGGGAUGUUAUUGCGCCAGCUGGUUAUGGCAUGCCAAUUUGGAUGUCGCUAAUAAUGUGGGGCGCUAAGCCGGGUGGCCUACGAGAGUUUGAGACAAUCGCACGCGAAACGGGUACGGAGGAGCAUCUACCAGACACGGUGGUCGGUCGGGUGCUGGCCAAUACACGCCAUCAGGAAUUACGCACAAAAUAUUUCCGCAAACCACCCAAUCGACGUCAAAACUAUAAAAAGCUGGCUAUAGUCAGUCCGUUUCGUGCACCAUUUGCUGAGCUAAUACGUGAUUGGGCCACUGAUAAUACUCAAAUUACAGUUGAAACUUCAAACUUCAACAUACUCCGUGAUCGCAUGCUACUACAACAAUUACUGUUACAUAUACAAGGAAAGAAUAAAAUAUUUCCGAAAGAUAUAGCAGAAAACGCGCUCAUACAAUUACACUUUCGUAUGAAAUCGCGCGGUAACUUAUCGGACUACUCGUUGAUAUGCCUGCCCACAAGAGGUGAUUUCAAACGUAAUCUGAAAAAAAUUAAAAAAUCAAAUCAUGAAGCCAUAUUUACGGAGCCACUACUACCGGAUAUGGCCGAGCGGGAACGUAAAAACCUGCGUCAAACGCAUAAAAAGCUAUUAAAGCGCUUACGUGCACGACGUGUGCGCGAAAAGCGUAAACUGCAGGAGACAAGCAAUACUCGAGUCCAUAUCAAACCAGCUAAUACAGCCACUCUCGUUACCGAACAAUUACAGCGCAUGUGCAAACUCUGGCUGCCGGAGGAUGUUGCUACACUGUAUAGCGUACGCAAACAAUGUCAACGUGAAGUUUUCGGCUAUGCUACAAACGCACAUUUCAGUUAUACCGAAGCGACAGUCUGCGCAGUGGGCUAUGUGACACCCGCAGGCUUAAGACAGCUACUCACAUUGUGCUCAAAUGCGAAUGUGCGCCAGCCAAUGUGUCUUAUGCGCAAUCCGAAGAGUCGUCACUAUCGAUUUGCGUGCUUUAAAUUGCAUUUGGAUGUAUAAAUUGAUAAAUUGUAGUAUAGUUUAGUGGUAUAAUGUUUGACAUUCUUGUGUUUUAUUCAUUUUUUUCUUUCUUUUUUUUUUGUUUAAUUUACUUAUUCUUAAAUUUUCCUUUUUUUUUUUUUUUUUUAACUUCUUCAACUUCACAAUUUGCUAUUUUUAAUAGUAAGUAUUAAGUUAAUAAUAUAGUUCAGUCGCGCUACGCUAUGUAUGUAUGUAUAUGUACGUUAAAGGUAUACGUUUCAGUUAUAACAACUUUUAACAGCAGAAUCUUCAUCUACUUUUAAACUACUUCUAAAUACAAACAAAUAAAUAUGUUGCGCCAAAUGUAAAAUAGUGCAAAAAUUA